AUGUCUGUUUUAAAGAUUUUUCAGAUCAGCAGUAACAUUCCUGGAGUCUUCCCAAAGAUAAAUGACAGCGAGGGUCACCCAAGCAGCAGCCACCAAACCUUGAAAGGAACCUCCAAAUGGGCUACAUCUCUGGAGAACCUCCUCGAAGAUCCAGAAGGAGUGAAACGAUUUAGGGAGUUUUUAAAGAAAGAAUUUAGUGAAGAAAAUGUUUUGUUCUGGCUAGCGUGUGAAGAAUUUAAGAAAACACAGGGAAAAAAACAGAUGCAAGAAAAAGCUAAAGACAUUUACAUGACUUUCCUGUCCAGUAAAGCUUCCUCCCAAGUGAAUGUUGAAGGGCAGUCCCGUUUGAAUGAGACCAUUUUGGAGACACCUCACCCUCUCAUGUUUCAGAAGCUCCAGGACCAGAUCUUCAAUCUCAUGAAAUAUGACAGCUACAGCCGCUUCCUGAAGUCAGACAUAUUCCUAAACCAUAAGAAGUCCGAGGAGCAAGAGGAGAAUUCAUCAGAGGCUCAGACUGCAGCUAAAAGAGCAUCCAGAAUUUACAACACAUGA